UUUUAGCUGCACGAAUAUUCAUCAUAUGUAAAGAGUAGAAUAAGAAAAAUAUGGAAGGGAACAGAGAUAUUACAGAAGAUAUUGACGAAGAUACCAAAUUAAGCAUCGUAUUGAACGUUAACAAAUUUCUUAAGAAUGAGGAUGUUAAAUUGUCAUUCCCAUCUUCAUUACUAAGUUAUGAAAGAAGAUUUGUUCACAAAAUAUGCAAAAUACUAGGAUUAAAAUCGAAAAGCAUAGGGAAAGGACCAAACAAAUAUGUUUUAUGUGUUAAAGAUGAAAACCUUCUUAUAAUAGAUGAGCCUACAACAUUUGAAUUGUCACAACAAACAUUAAUACAAAUUUCACAGUUUAUUUUAAAUUUUCCAUUGGGCCAUAAAGAGAGAUUAGAUCUAUUAUUACGAACUGAAAAAUUUGGAAAUCCACCUCCUGAAGAAGUGGACAGAAACAAAGCUGUAGGACGUAUCAAUAUAGGUUUAGCACUCAUACCUAAUUGUAAUAGCUCUAAUUAUGGACUGGAAGAUAUAAAUUUAUAUAAAGAUGAUAUUUUAAAUUCUUUAAACAACAAUCAAGUUACCAUAAUAUCAGCACCUAUAGCUAGUGGUAAAACUACUCAGCCUCCAAAAUAUAUUUUAGAGCAUUGCAAGUCUCACAAGAAGCAAGCCCGUAUAAUUUUCAUCCAAAACACGCGUUUGAACGUGGUAACGUCAGCGGAAUAUAUGGCUGCAAGUUUGAACGAAAAGGUGGGACAGACUGCUGGAUAUCAGAUCCGAUUAGAGAGCAAAGUUUCGCCGACCACCAUAUUGACUUACUGCACACCAUGGGUAUUUUUAAGGAAUUUGAUCAGUUCCGAUCCAGAACUUUCAAGGAUAACGCAUAUCAUCAUAGACGAUAUAAAUGACAGGGUUAAAUGUGUGGACCUAAUAUUGAUAUACAUGAAGUUAUGCUUCUUGCCCAAGCACAAGAAUAUUAAACUACUGCUCAACACGGGCCCUUCUUCUCAUUUGGAAAAUCUUAUAGCACAAUAUUUUAAUUUGGCUAACAUAUCCACUCACAUUGUCAAAAUUGCUCCACGUGAUCAAGCGAAAGUAGAUGUGCUAGAAUACUAUUUGGAGGAUACAUUGAAAUAUGUUGGUAUAUUGAACGAAGAAGCUGCCAGUUUCGAGAAGUCAUGGAUACCGAGAACAAUGGCCAUCGAAAGGUUGAAACAAUUUUUAGCUAUCCCGUGCGAUACACAAUUGGAUCCGGUUGUCAUAGAAUACCUUGCUAAUACUAUCCCUCGUCUCAACGAACAUCUGGCUAAUAACAGUAAUGGUGGUCAGGAAUCUAUAGAAUUGGACAAAUAUAUAGAUAAAAGUCUGGAAGAGGUCUGGCUCCUAGAAUGGCUCAUAUUACAUUAUCACAACGAUGUCUCUAAUACAGACCCCAGACCCGAUAGCAACCUCAGCAUCUUAAAGACUAAUUAUGGCAGUUCUGGCGACUACUACAAAAAUGGUCAAGUUAUAAUGAGGGGAAAGUAUAUGGAGGCUCUUAUAGACCUGCUCCCUCAUUACGGGAUCGAUGUGAUAAAUCAAUGCCAUACUUCCCUCGAUUGCAACGCGUUCAUGCUUUCGGCUGCUUUGGGCCUCAAUCAUUGUUUGACAAAGAUUUUCUUUCACCUAAAUCUCUCCAACCCUAACAUCAAUAAUAACAAGCUGGGCGACACAUCGACUUUCAAUGAUGGCAUGUGCGGGAUAAAUAGAUUUUGCAAGCUUAAUGGAUGGACAGCACUGCAUUGGGCUAAACAUUUUAAUAGGACGCAUAGUGUGGCACUCAUCAAUACGUUUUAUCAAAUAGCCGGUAUUUCUCCUUUCGAAGAAACGCGGCUUUUGUUGGAUACCGCAACCGCGAUUAACGCCUCGGGAAAUACUAAUGGCGAAAACAAUCCCGAGAUCACCUCGUCCACGCUCAAGGCCAAAGAAAUACCUUACAAAGAUCAAAAUAUCUUGCUCAAUCAGCUCAGCCUUUUAUUUUACGAGAAAUGUUUUGCAUCGCGAAACAGGGACCAGCUCCGUAUUUACCAAGAUGUCUUGAUAGCCUUGUUGCUCAAAUUGGUGUUAAAUCAGGACAUGGCUCAAAAUUCCAAUUUAGCGGGGAAAGGAGAAGGGGAUGCAACCAAAAUCAACGAGGCUCGCCACAUCCUCUUGUUUCUACCCACGUUCGAUGAUAUAUCAAGAUUUAAAGAUGUCAUUCUCACGCAUGACUUAUUUUCGAGACUCAUUUCCGAUCACAUUGUUAGAAUAUUUGUGAUGUACGCGGACAUGCAUCCUACCGACCUCAAGCAAAUAUACUCCGCUGCUAAAUCUAAUUAUAUCAAAAUCAUUUUGUCUACGGAAAUCGGUGAAACAAUAUUGCCACUCAACGAUAUUUCGUACGUAAUUGACACGGGAUUGGUCGAAAAGGAAAUUUUUGAGCCAAGCACAAAUUCCAGUAGUCAUAAACUCUGUUGGAUAUCCAAGCAAAACGUCGAAUACAGGAAAAACAUUGUUAAAAGACGCGAGUCUUACUCAUCUUCCCCUGCUUACUUCGCCGUUUACAGCUCGACGCGUUACAAGCAGUACAUGCCGAGUCAUGUCAAGUGUAAAUUUUCUCAGGGAGAUCUUUCGGAUAUCUUGAUACAAGCCAAACAUCUCAUACCCGUUAAUUCCUCCUUGCAAGAUUUUCUAUGCAAAGCCCCGGAGCCCUGUUCUAGCGUUAAUCCUAUUAGGGUCAUGAUACAGAAUUUGAAGAACAUAGACGUGUUGGACGAUUGCCUAGACCUCACAGAGUUGGGCCAGCACUCUCUCGAUAUCCCUUUGCACCCCAAAUGGGCAAAAAUGAUAAUUCACGCGCUCGUACUUAAAUGCCUGGACCCGGUUCUUACUGUUGUGAGUUCUCUAGCGGCCAGUCACUCGCCUUACUUGCCUCGCUAUAGGCUCAUAGUUGGAAAGGAAGCUGGCACUUUGGUCGAUGAUUGUGACAAAUUAAAUUCUAGCAAUGAGUCCGAGAUAUUGAGGAACAAAUUGCUUGCUUUGAGGUCUGAAAAGGCAUCAUUUAGUGAUCACAUGGUGCUUAUCAGGAUUUUCCAAAACUGGCAGAAGGCAAGGUUAGAAGGAAGGGAGCCUCAAUUUUGCGCUUACAAUAACCUUUCUCCUGUUAAUUUGGAACGAAUAUUCACACUGCGAUCCCAUAUUUUAGGUCAACUUAGGGCCUGUGGACUCAUCAAAUCUAACCAACUUCAGGCUAUGAAUCAACAAGAUGCCUUACGGAGUUUCAAUAAUAACUCGAAUAGCUCCACAUCUUCCUCAAUUGGUCUAACCAGCAAUCCAAAUUCAUCCAGUGCCGGUUUUUUGAAUAACAACAAUGUCGGUAAUAUCAAUAACAACGGGAAUAAUAAAGUAAUUUUCACGGGAUCCUUUGGCGAUAUAAGAGAUUGCAAUAGCAAUUCAGAGCAUUGGGCCGUCGUUAAGGCCUGCCUAGCCAUGGGCCUUUACCCGAACAUCUGCAAAUUGACGACUCGCGCCCAAAAUAAUAAACAGUCAAAGGAAAGUGGCGAAGACAAUUUAGACAACGUGAUGUUUUUAUCCUCCCCAAUCAAUUGCUUUUUUAACAAUCAAGCGAGCUCCGUUAACAAGGACGCAAAUAGUAAUAGAGGGGCUUCGUUGGAUUCAACAGCCUUAAGUGGCACUAGCGGAAACUCAACGACUUCUAAUACCGUGCCAGAUUUAAGAGUGCGAUUCGUCCCUGGCACUUCCUUUGCCAAUUCAAAUUUUAGGCUGCCUUCGGAAUGGAUAGUUUUCGACCACUAUUUUCCGCUUUCGACCCCGCAACAACCUACACUUAACGCUAUCAAUAAAGGCGAGUCGAAUGCCACCGAUAAAGAUAAUGACAACAGGGGCAAGGAAAACAUAGAUGAGAAGAAGGGCUUGAAAAGGAAUGUUUGCGAUAAUGGCUUUGAUAGGGCGACAUUAACUGAUAGAUCAGAAAAUUUACAGUUAGGUGGUUACAUUGGUGGCUGCAGUGUAAUAUCUCCUGUAGUGAUAGCUUUGUUCGUCGGACCUAAUAGAACCCCCAAGGAUUAUGUUCAAGAUAUCGAAAAUCCUGACAGUCUGCAAAACAUGGCCAAUCUCAUUUUACAAGAUGAGAGUGACAGUGAGAACGAAUCCGAUGGCAACCUUGACUACAGCCCGACCAGCAGUGAGUUAAACAAUUCUUUAUUCGGUAAUGCUUUUAACAUCGAAACGAACUCUCUAUCUAAUAUCUCAAGUUCUUCUCACAAAGGUAAAAGGAGUAGCAGCGCUAACAAGAUAGACCUGAAGUUGGAUGAUAGAAUCGUUUUUCAACACGAAGUGGAAGUAAUACGCCAAAUUCUGCAUUUGAGACAAAAAUAUCACGCGCUCACGUUGAGGAGGCUCAAGCAUCCUUCGAAACCUUGGACCAAUACCGAUGAAACAAUCCUUAAAACGAUAGUUAGCGUGGUAAAUCAGGAAGAAAGCUUUUUAGGGUUUUCCCAGCCAUCAGGUAUAGGACAAAGACCCAAACCCAUGCCAACCGAAUUCAAUAAUAAUAAUAACAUGAUUAUUAACACCAAUAUUACUAAAAAUACUCAGAGUAGCCUUCAGUACAAUGAGCCGAGAGAAGCUAACUGCAAGCCUAUUACUACUUAUCAACGAAAAGAGACAGGGGCCCUCAAGCAUUCCCCCUUCCAAGCAAACGAUUAUUCGCAUUCCCUAUCUAUUUCUAGCUUAAAAUUCGCCCUGCUCAAAAUAUACACGGAAGAAGGUCUCGAUUUUCCCUCUACUGCACCUUGUAUUACUGGCACGAAUCUUCGAAAUAUCCACGAGGAAAUGAAUUCCGAUAUCCUAUCCGCCGGAACUAUUAACUCGAGUAAUUCGAACCCGCAUAAAAUGGGUAAACCCGAAGAUUUUUGCAAUUACCCGCAAGUGGAAAAAGAUGUCAAAAACGUCAUAAUCAACCAUGGAAGCUUUAUGAUUAGGAAUGGGAACGUAUCUGAUAAAGAUGGACAGGAGGCCCUUUUAUUUGUGUUCAAUCGUCAAACGAAUAUAUUUAUGGGCCUAGUGAAGGUCAAAAUUUCCGGACUCAAUAUUAAAGCCAAUAUCAUUGAUCCUGCUCAAAUUCAUUCGAACAUGGAAGGAAACGAUGGGAAUUUAGUGCGGAUCGAUGGUAUGGAAUGGGUUAUUAAAAAAUUAGUGGAUAUCAAACGUAUAAACUUAACUUCACCUGUUAUAUUCAAUAAUUUAUUGGAAAAUUUGCUCCGAUCUUCUAUGAAAAUAAUAGAAUUGGACGUUCAGUUUGUGACUUAUUUGUUCAAAUAUUUUGACAAUAUUUCGACGACGUAUUAAAAAUUUUAGCUCAACGAUAGAAAAAUUUAGAAAAAAUACUAUUAUUCCAUCUAAUUUAUUUAUUCAUUUUUAUAACAUUUUUUAUUUUACAACAACCAUACAAACAUUCGAUUGAAAUUAGAUUUUAUUUUUAGUGAAUUCUGAAUUUUUAUAUUAUACUCCUGGGUUCUUUAUGUUUUUUGGAUUUAUAGAUUUAGCAUAUAGUCGCUAGUUUAUUAAUAUAGCCUUCUAAAAUCCAUUUCGAUCGAAAGCCAUUUUUUAAAAAUAACGUCAUUGUCAAAAACACUUAGGAAGAACUAUAUUUUAUUAAAUAUAAAAAAACACACCAAAUAUUUGGGGGAAGGGAGUUUUUUUAUGAAAAAAGAUAAAGGGAAUUCUCCAAGGAAUUAUAUGGGGUUUGCUAAUGAGUAAGAAAUGUUAAUAAAUUUUAUUCAUUCUUAUAUUUUCCUUAUAUAAAACUGAUUGAUUGUUUAGUAAUUAAUAUUUUUAUAAAUUUGCUAACUAAAAAUUUAUAAAAAGAGUGCUAAAAUAUUUGUAUCAAA